AUGUCUUCGCGCUCGGGGUCCACGGGCGGCGGCGGGAGCACCGGCGGCGGCAGCAGCCAGGGGGGAGGCGCCGCGGUGCCGCUGGCCGUGCUGCUCAGGCGGGAGGUCGCCAGCGAGCGCACCGCAUCGGAGCGCCCGGAGCUGCACUCGGGCCUCUUCAGCCAGGCCAAGAAAGGCGAGGACUUCACCUUCCUCAAGCCCGAAUGCGAGCGCGUCCCCGGCGUCUCGUCCUCCCCCUUCUCCGCCUUCGGCCUGUUUGAUGGGCAUAAUGGGAAUGGAGCGGCGAUUUACACCAAGGAGAAUCUCUUGAACAACGUCUUGAGCGCGGUCCCUGCUGAUCUCAACAGGGAAGACUGGCUUGCUGCACUCCCAAGAGCGCUGGUUGCUGCAUUCGUCAAAACCGAUAAAGAUUUCCAGACUAAAGCACGUUCUUCAGGGACAACUGUGACAUUUGUCAUAAUAGAUGGAUUGGUCAUCACUGUUGCAUCAGUUGGCGAUUCCCGUUGUGUACUACAAGCUGAAGGUUCAAUUUAUCAUUUAUCCUCUGAUCAUCGAUUUGAUGCAAGUAAAGAGGAGGUUGAUCGUGUAACAGAAUGUGGAGGUGAUGUGGGAAGGCUAAAUGUUGUUGGUGGUGCUGAGAUUGGCCCCCUUAGGUGUUGGCCUGGAGGUUUGUGCCUAUCAAGGUCAAUCGGAGAUCAAGAUGUUGGUGAAUUUAUUGUUCCAGUUCCUCUUGUGAAGCAAGUAAAGCUAUCUACUGCGGGAGGCCGACUUAUUAUUGCAAGUGAUGGUGUUUGGGAUGCCUUGUCUCCAGAAGUAGCUUUUAAUUGUUCACGUGAACUUCCUCCGGUGCCUGCAGCUGAGCAAAUCGUUAAAACUGCUGUGCAAUCAAAAGGACUGAGGGAUGAUACCACCUGUAUUGUUGUUGAUAUAAUAGUAGAAAAAAACAACCCUUGCAUGCCACAUCCUAAAAAGCAACCAGGGAUUGGUGUCUUCAAAAUAUGUUCGCAAGAAAAAUCAUCGGAUUCAUCAUCCCAUUCCCAUACAGAUAGAGAAUAUACGGAGCCAGAUAACGUGGAGGAAAUAUUUGAGGAUGGGUGUGCGCUUCUUUCUAGACGGCUGGAUUCUGAAUACCCUGUUCAAAAUAUGUUCAAACUCUUCAUAUGUGCCAUUUGUCAAGUAGAGUUAAAGCCAAACCAAGGGAUAUCUGUACAUGAAGAUUCAUCACAACCUGGGAGCUUAUGUCGCUGGGAUGGUCCAUUCCUUUGCCAGAGCUGUCAGGAGAAGAAAGAAGCAAUGGAGGGAAAGCGUCGCUUCACGAGAUUCAUCAAGAAACAGUGGGUCAAGUGA